AUGAGUAAGAUCAUGACAAAGGAAAAAGUUUGCCUUUUCUAGGUACGCAGUGACACGCUCUCGAUGAGUAAAGAUUGUGUCAACCUCGAUUGAUGAAAACAAUUUGACUAAGAUGGGUGGAUUUUUGCUAGGGGGGGGGGGGACAAGCGUUUGGCAUCGGCUAUUUUGUAGUUGAAACCACAAUAAUACAGGGAAUUGGUCGCAACAUCAAUUGGCCGAACAGAUCGAGGAACAUUUUUAGCAAGAAGUUGUAAGAACGCUUCUGUCUAUCACUAGAUUCACUGGCGAUCAGGUGAACAAGUGAGUCGAGACGCCUACAUUCUUCAGAGGGAAUAUCGGAGAUGUUCCCGUCGAAUAAAUGUCCAAGAAUUGUCAGCAAAGUGCCAAACUUUAGCAUAAAGUCAUUGCAGUGGUUAAGUGCAGACAGAUUAAGCUGCCGACCAAUUACAACGGGUGACGACUGACUAGUAAUAUCAUCUGACUUAGAUUUAGGUAAAGCUUCUGACUUACGUUUAGUUAGGCCAUGCUUACUUACAGAAGCCGAGAGCUUACGUCGACCAGUGACUUUUGGUCUCAUCUUGUCUCGAGGCAAUUUGUGAUUAAGAAAACUUCUGGCAGACAAGUUGACUGAAUUUCAGCUAGGGGCUAACGAUGUAAAAAUAAAUUACAGCAAUUAGAGAGAAAUCGGAUGCAAAAAAAUGAGAAUUGCAGAGUGCGAUUAGUGAAGGGCAUAGACUAGCAGAACUCAAAAGGAGAUGGCAGCAGGCGGUUUUGAGAGAAGAGGCCUGUAUUUAAGGAAAUUCAACUAAAAAAACAGGUACUAAAAUCGUUAGGUCUCACAGAAAAACCACUUAAAGUAAUAUCCUCCACUUAUCUUCAAAUUUAAAACCAGCGGCUUGACCUAGUAGCUUGACUGCGCCUCUCGAACUGCACCAGCCAUCGUCCCCCCGCCCGCCUCUUCCACGCCCUCUACACCGCCAACUAACUCUGACUGCCCUUCUGAACAAAUUCUUCCAUCCUCCUCCUCCUCUUCCUCCUCCUCCUCCUCGCCCACAGCUCUAACGACGACCGCUCAGGCGGCUGUCCCGCGCGCAACAACCGACAGCAUCACCACCUCCCCCGACUCCAGCGAUGAGGAUCAGGACUACACCUGCCCUCACUGCGACCGCACCUUCACCUCACACAGCGGCCUUGUCGGUCACUUGCGAAUCCAUCGCACAGACACUGGCGAACCAAUACGUGGAGCACCAGCCUACACCCACCGCACUCGCCUCCACUGGCUACAGUGCCCUCGCACCUUCAGGCAUCGCAUGGGUAUAUUCCGCCACAUGCGCAUCCACGAGAGCGGAAUUGACCGCAACUCCGACACACCCACGAUACCCAGCCCACCCACCACGCCCAGUCUCACUCUCGCUCCAUCGCCCUGCGCGCCCAUCGCCACUACCACCAACACCGCCUCCUCUGUAGCUUACACUGACACUGCCGACUUCUCAUGCUCACACUGUCCGCACACAUUCACCUCACGCAUCGGCCUGGUCGGUCACUUGCGAAUCCAUCGCACAGAGACUGGCGAACCUGUGCCUGGAGCACCCACCUAUACCCACCGCACUCGCCUCCACUGCCGACACUGUCCUCGCACCUUCAGACACCGCAUGGGCCUAUUUGACCACAUGCGCAUCCACGACGACCUGCGGUAG